UUUCCCGGAAGUAAACUUAAAACGAUGACGUCUCAUUUGAUAUGCAAACAAAAAAACAUUGAACCUGGUUUCAAACAUAUUUUGUAACUUUGUAAAAAAAAUUGUUUAAAAAUAGUAAAUAACAUCCCGUUAAAAAUGAGGCGCUCGUACUUAGCUAAUGGAGGAAACACAUCAUAUAAAGACACAUCUCAGAUGUUGGAGGAGGAAAAUGAACAAAUAGAGAAUGAACUGAAAGGAAAAGUAAAAGCUCUUAAAUCUCUCACAAUAGACAUAGGCAAUGAAGUGAGAGAGCAGAACAAAUAUCUUCAACAAAUGGAUGACAACAUGGAAUCAUCAGGAGGUUUGUUAACUAAAACAAUGGGUCGCUUGAAGUCCAUCACAAAUGCUGGCCACUGGAAGCUUUGGGUGUACAUGCUUCUCUUCGUCUUCUUCGUGUUCUUCAUGUGCUGGGUCAUCAUUAGAUUCAGAUAAUACUGGCCCCAGUUUUAUAGAUGUAAAUUAUUGAAAUGUUGGCAGUUGAGCUAGAGAUGACACUUGUGUUGAUUUGAUAUGCUUGUUCAAGGUUUUGAGGAAAGUAAUCCUCUUAUACAUAUGGAGGUUUCAAAGUUAUAUUUAAUUGUAAUGUAUUUUGUUUUUGGCAAACUACACAAAUGAUGAAAAUGGGUAAUUUUUUUAUUUCGUUAUCAAAAUUGAUUCAUGAUUUAAUUAUAAUUGGUAUUUAUUUUUCAGUGCAUUUCUAGUCAUUACAUACAUUUUAACAUUGAGAAAGCCUAACAUGAAUUGUGUUAGGGUUAGUUUAAAAAUUUAUGUUAAUAGUUUAUGAAACUUAUGUUAGCAUGUAUCAUGCAUGACAAAUUAAGUAGGUUUUUUGUUUAAUGAUCAAAUGAACGGAACAAUGAUAGCUGACAGUAUGGCUUUAAAUUUGAUAGCACCCUCUUGAAGAUUGAAAAAAAUCAUUAUCAAUAUACAAAAUAUUAGAUCAAACUGGAAAAAAAGUCAUUGUUAUUUGGGAUUCCAAGUUGUUGCUUUUAUUGGUGAGAAAAUUAGGAUUGUACAGUAUUAAUAAUAUCAUUGAAAUGUAUAAAGACAUCCUUAUGAGAGGAACUAUAAUUGAGAAAAAAAACUUAACCUUGAAUCCAGUGAAAAUUUUUUAAAAUUUUGUGAUCAUUAUUAGCACAUACAUGCACAUUGCAACAAAUAAACUUUCAUAGGAUGAAAUAGGAGCAUGAAGUUUAUUUUCUUACAAUUCCUCUUUUCAGCUUGAAAAUUCUUUUUUGAGUCAAAAAAACAAAAGCCUAGGUGGACACAGAUCUUAAAAUGGCUCUAACCAUUUUCAUAUAAAUUUGACAGUUUAUGUAUACAUUUUUGGCCACACAGGGAAAACUCUAGUUUGACCUUUAUGAUUUUUAAAAAUAAAAUAAUCUUUAAAAUAAAAUUUGGUCUGAAGUUUAUGACAAUCUAUAUCUUGCGCACACAUACCUCGGCGGAUAUUCCCGCAUGUAUCAUUUAAGAGUUAAAUAAAUUUUGCCCACUGUCUUCUAAGUCUGGGUCUUAGAAUUUUAUAUACUCUGAAUAUAUUUAUACUUUUGCUUAAUCAACCAGGAUUUCUUAAAAAGGGGGGGGGGAGGAAUUGGGACCGGAGAAAACUGUUGUUGUUUUUUUUUUAAACUUUAACUUAUCCCUCAUUUGUUAAUAGGAGCAAAAUAAUUGCUUUUACGAAACUUAUCAGCUGCCUGAAGGAGGAAUUGUCUUUUUGGAAAAAACUUUUUUUUUGUUACUUAUUUUUAUGUUACCUUUGAAACUGUUAUGUUUGUUUACACUCCUCAAAGUGAGCUCCCAUCCUGGGACAUAAGUCAUUUGUUAUUAUGUAUGAGUGUUCAUUCUCUUCCAUAGGACAAUGCUCAAAAAGAAGUGUGUAAUGAAAUUUAUCAUUCCUAGCAAAGACAUGGGAUUCUCCACCGUUAAAAUCAAUAUUAAAAUCUCCGUUAAGAAUGUAGCUGCCAUACUUUAAAAAAAAUAUAUAUAUUUUUUUGUACUGCUGGCUUACUUGUAUAAACUUAGUUUUUAAUUUACAUUAAAAUAUAUGUUUGAAUCUGACAAUUUUGUUUUUUUGAUAGGUUACAGCAUCCCAAAAUUAAAACAUUUUAAAAUGAUUGUAAACACUCUAAGAUAUGUGAUUUUUAUGAUAGUCUUGAUGAAAUAAAAACAACAUAUUCUCAAACUUCCUCAUUCAUCCAAUAUUUAUGUUACUCUAUCCAAUGUUCUAAGAUGUGCACUGUCAAUAAAGGACAACAUAGGUCUCAAUACAAUCACACAUGCUAUAGACGUAGUGCAUGUAACAUACAUUGGUGUCCAAGUUUUCUCCUUGUUCUGUUGUCACAGAAAUUUAAUAAAUUAUUGUAGACAAUUAAACAUAACAUAAUGAACAGAGACUUCGUGCUGAUAUAAGUAGACAUUUUAAGAUUAUCAUUUAUUACGUCAUAUCCUUUCAACUACUUUUUUACAAAAACAUUCACAACAAAUAAUGACGCAAUAUAAACAUCCUUUAUUUUAAAGUUCUUGUCAAAGUUUUUUAUCACAUUAUUUCUUUUGAACGUUUCACAAGUUGAGCAUUUCAUUAUUGUCAAAAAAAUAUCUGUGGACAAUCCUGGCCAAAACACACUUUGUCUUGCCAUCAAUUUAUAAGCAGCAUCUACACGUAAUCCUUUCAUAUCUAUCAUUUGGUUCUGUGUAUGCUUGUCAGCACGAAUUAAGCUUGUUGCUUUCUCUAAAGUUCUACCAGCGCUAUAAACCAAUCUGACACCAUGUUCUGUUUUCACAGGGAAUAAAUAUGUACAUUAUUUUAGACAAUUAAACAUAACAACUAAUUAGCAGAGACUUUGUGUUGAUAUAAGUAGACAUUUUAAGACUAUAAUUUUAUUACGUCACAUCCUUUCAACUACUUUUCACAAAAACAUCCACAACAAAUAAUGACCCAAUAUAAACAUAUUAGCACACUCCUUGGUUAACAUUGAUGUUUAUCUGCUUUGAAAAAUAAUUCCAUUUUGAAAUUGGAACAUUAUGAAGUAGAGUAGACCUACUAGAUUGCAGCACAGGAAUAGAGUUGGUCUUCUUCAGUAAAGGGCCAGUAUUUUUUUCUUUAAGUGGUCUGUUUCUGAAAGUCUUAUAUAGAUGUUAUAUAGAGGCCAUAAAACUUGGCUGUUGGGAUUAACCCAGCCACACAAUAGAAAGUAGAGUUUUUGCAUUUAAUUUAAAUUGUAGACAGCUUUUUGUUUUAUUUUAGUUUUCUGUUUUUUUUUUUUUUUUUUUAAUUGCUCACUUUGGUCGUAACUCAUUUGUGGAAAUUGGGAGGGGGGUGUGAGGGUCAUCUAGAGAAAUGUUUUUGUCCUGCUUUUAUGCGCUCAGCAAACACAACUCAGCUCAAGUACAGAUUCAAACUCUAGUCCCCAAUAAACAGUUUUUGCAUCUCUGUCGCAUAUCUUAUGAGAUAAAGGACUGUACCCUCUCUACUUUGGUCAUUUAUUUUCAUGUGGUAGGGUCUCUAGCCCAGUGUUUCCCAAACUGUUUUCCCCUGAACCCUAGUAUUCUGCGAGGCCUGAAUAGGCGUUCCACGAUACACUGGAGUAAUAAACUUGGAGGCCAUCACAUGAAUAAAUCUCUCUAAAAAGAAUAAGCAAAGUGUUCCGCUAAAUACUCAGAAUGUGCAAAGUGUUCGUUAAGGAAAAAGUUUGGGAACCACUGGUCUAGCCUAUACUUUGAUCAAGUACAUGCUUUUGUUCAGGGAAAGUGAAUUAUUUGUUGUAUUCUCCAGUGAACCAUACAUGCAACAACAAACUCUUUUCUGUAUUUCAUCUUUUUUUUACCUCAUUCCCAAAAGCUCAGCAUUUCCCAAACUCAGGCACCAUUGGUCCACAUUAAUCCUAGUUUUUAUGGUCAUUAGACCUUUUAGGUGAUUCUAAUAGAGCUGAAAAAUAAUAAAAGCUUACACUAAAUUUGGUGAUUAAGUAGACCAAAACUGUUGUGUUUGUUGAACAUGAGAAAUUCUCCCUGUUUAAAAAUUUGUUAGACUUUUUUAUUUCUGUAUUUGGCUGUUGUUUUUUCUCCCACUUUUCAAUGCUUACAUUGUUGAAAAGAAUUUAACAUUGAAAAAUAAAAAUAUUGGCGUGAAUGUAAGUUUCAAUGAAAGAUGAAUUUGUAGAUGAUGACAGACAAUUGAAUUGAAUGCUUAGGUGAGUGUAAGAUUGAAUUUUAAUGUGAACAUUGAGCAAAAUAAAAAACAAUAUAAACAAUAAUAAAGAAAUGA